AUGGAAACCAUAGACAAGAGUGCUUCUCAAGUAACCUUAACCUCCUCCGCAAUCUUCACCGUAUCUUCCUCCUCCUCCGCCUCAUUUUCCUCAUCUACAACAUCUUCUUCUUCUUCUUCAUCAACAACAACGUCUAACUCUAAAAGAAAACCAUCUCCAAGAUCAUUAGCCGCUCAAGAAGACGAUGAUAAGGCCUUAAAACGGCGAAAGAUCAGCGGCGGAGAUAAGCAUCCGACGUAUAGAGGAGUACGGAUGAGGAGCUGGGGAAAAUGGGUGUCGGAGAUAAGAGAGCCGAAGAAAAAAUCAAGAAUCUGGCUCGGAACUUAUCCAACGGCUGAGAUGGCAGCUCGAGCUCACGACGUAGCAUCUUUAGCCAUUAAAGGUACAACGGCUUAUCUCAAUUUUCCUGAAUUAUCCGGCGAGCUUCCACGUCCGGUCACCAAUUCUCCUAAAGAUAUUCAAGCCGCUGCCACCGCCGCCGCCGUGAAUUGGCAAGAUUCCGGCGUAAAUAGCCUCCGGGUGAAUAGUUCUGAGUUAGCUGAAGCCGAGCCGAGUCGAGUGGUGAUGGCUCAGUCGUUGUCAGGUAGUGUGGUGUUUUCUUCGGACAUUAAUACACAAGAUUUGUCGGAAACUUCGUGUGCCUCGACGACGUCGUUUGCGGACAAAGACAAGGAGGAAGAGAAGCUGUUUGAUUUGCCGGAUUUGUUUACCGAUGAGAUGAUUAUACGAAACGAUGCGUUUAAUUAUUACUCGUCCACGUGGCAGCUAUGUGGAGCUGAUGCUGGGUUUCGGCUUGAAGAGCCGUUUUUCUGUCUCAAUGACUAAAAUCACACUCCAGCUCACUAACACCUAAUUAAUUAGAGUACCCCCUUUUUCUUCUUCUUUAUUUAAAAAAAAAAAAAAAUCUGUUUGUCUUCUUCUUCUUUUUUUUUUUCUUUUUUUUUUUCUGUUUGAGUGUUAGUGAUUCUUCUGUAUAGAAACGAGUUCCUUUUGAUUUUCUUUUGGGUUUUUAGCAAAAGGGUGUUUGAUGAAUUAUUUGUGUAAUAUAAAUGUGGUGAUAACAUUUCUCUUAGAAAAAGAAAGCCAUGAACCAAAAAAAGAUUCCUGAUCAACAGAAAUAAGAAUGAAACCUAGUGGUUUGUUGACAAUCGUCAUAAUACUC